AAAUUACGGACCCAUUUUAACGUGACUAGCUCUUUGUUUUCGUUUUGGGGGACGAAAACCCUAAACCCUACUCGUCUCCAUACUCAUUCUCCUUUACCAUUAACAGGUACUGCCAGUCCUACCUCUCAGCCUUAACCCUCUUGAUCUCUUCUAAGUGGGAUGCACCAUUGAUCAACUGUUCUUGAAGGCGCAACGCUGGAGCUGUCCUUUCUAUUACGCUGUGGCAUAAUCUCCAGCGCUUCCCUUUGGUUCUCUCUUACAUCUCCAGCUUCUCCUCAAUCCCUCUUCUGUGAAUAAUUUAGAUUCGUAGAGGAACUGAUGGGGAAGAAGAGAAAGCACAGUGAGGCUGAGGUACCCACACCUGCAAAGAAGGAUGAAACUGCUGCGGAGAGACCUAAGCGGACGCUCUUUGGAUGGAAAGAAAAGAAUGAAGAGAAAGAAAAUGAUUCUUCACGUUUUAGGAACAAAGAGAAAGUGUUGGUUACUUGUUCACGGCGCAUUAAUUAUAGGUAUCGGCAUUUGAUGUUGAAUGUGGUGUCACUUUUGCCUCAUUGUAAGAAGGAUAAUAAGGUUGAGUCUAAGGAAAGUAAGGGCACGACUUUGAAUGAGCUGGUUGAGCUAAAGAACUGCUCUUCUUGUCUGUUUUUUGAGUGCAGGAAGCAGAAAGAUCUGUAUCUCUGGAUGGCCAAAUGUCCCAGUGGUCCAUCUGUGAAAUUCUUAGUUAAUGCAGUGCAUACUAUGGAAGAAUUGAAGCUUACUGGAAAUCAUUUAAUGGGUUCGCGUCCUAUUUUGACUUUCUCAACCAAUUUUGAUAAGGACCUUCACUGGAAACUCUUGAAGGAGAUGAUCAUUCAGAUCUUUGGAGUUCCAAAGGAACACAGGAAGUCCAAACCUUAUCAUGAUCAUGUCUUUGUUUUCUCAAUUGUUGAUGAUCACAUAUGGUUCCGGAAUUACCAGAUAUCUGUUCCUCAUAAUGAACCAGAUAAAGUCGAUCGAGGGGGCCUUGACAAAAUGACUCUUGUUGAGGUUGGUCCAAGAUUUUGUUUGAAUCCAAUCAAGAUAUUUGGUGGCAGCUUUGGGGGCCCAACAUUGUAUGAGAAUCCAUUUUACAUAUCACCAAAUCAGAUCCGUGCUUUAGAGAAAAAACAAAAAGGUGGUAAAUAUGCCAAGAAAGUCAAAGCCAAAACAAGGAGGAAGAUGCAUGAGCUAUCGAAUCCGUUGUUGGCCGAUGAGUUUUCAGAUAUGUGGAAGGAAUGAUUUUAAAUUAGCAGAUGACAGAUCAUUCUGACGAAUGAGCUAUUUUGUUAUGCAUUCAUUAGCUUCUGGUUUGAAGUGGAUAGCUUUACUUGUUCAGUUCUCACUUGGUUUAGAGGAUCCAAAAAAUGAUGUUUUUGAGUGGGUUGGCCACAGCCCAACGUCUUUCCUUCAAUGGGAUGGCCAAUUCUUAAAAUUUCCAUGUACUAUUUCCCCAACCUAAAGAGGGGGAAAACUAAACGAAUGGACGAACAUUAUCACCAUUUCAGUCAUCUUAAUACUCUAUGAAAUGCAACUUUUAAUCCAUUUAAAUUUA